UUCAAUCCAUCCACGCGUCCCUCUACAUCUCCCACCUCCGUCAUGCUCUCCGGGAUCCUCAUCUUCAACCAGAAAGGCGAGAACCUCAUAUUUCGCGCCUUCCGCAACGACUGCCGCCCGCGCCUCGCCGACGUGUUCCGCAUCCAAGUCAUCUCCAACGCCCAAGUACGCUCGCCGAUUCUCACUCUUGGCUCGACGACCUUCAGCCAUGUGAAGCACGAGAAUAUAUACCUGGUGGCGGUGACCAAGAGCAAUGCGAAUGCGGCGCUGGUGUUUGAGUUCCUAUACCGGUUGGUAGGCUUGGGCAAGGCGUACUUUGGGAAGUUUGAUGAGGAGGCCGUGAAGAACAACUUUGUGCUGGUGUACGAACUCUUAGAUGAGAUUCUGGACUUUGGAUAUCCCCAGAACACCGAGACGGACACGCUGAAGAUGUACAUUACAACGGAGGGAGUCAAAUCAGAGAGAGCCAUGGAGGACUCAUCGAAGAUCACAAUGCAGGCAACAGGCGCCCUCUCAUGGCGACGAGCAGACAUCAAAUACCGCAAGAACGAGGCUUUUGUCGACGUGAUCGAGGAUGUGAACUUGCUCAUGUCAGCGACAGGGACAGUGUUACGAGCGGAUGUAAACGGGCAGAUCGUAAUGCGCGCAUAUCUUUCAGGGACGCCGGAGUGCAAAUUCGGGCUCAACGAUCGGUUAACGCUGGGCGAGGACCACUUACAACAACCCUCAGGAAAUAAAGCUGGCGCAAAGGCUACAAGAGCAGCAGCUGGAAGCGUCACGCUCGAGGACUGCCAAUUUCAUCAGUGCGUGAAGUUGGGCAAAUUCGAUACAGACAGGAUAAUCUCCUUUGUCCCGCCAGACGGCGAGUUCGAACUCAUGCGAUACCGGGCAACCGAGAACGUCAAUCUCCCCUUCAAAGUCCACGCCAUUGUAAACGAAGUAGGUAAGACGAAAGUCGAAUACAGUAUCGCCAUCCGUGCCAACUACGGCUCGAAGCUCUUCGCCACGAACGUCGUCGUGCGAAUACCCACGCCUCUCAACACUGCCCGCAUCACCGAACGGACAUCACAAGGCAAGGCGAAGUACGAGCCAGAGCACAACAACAUCGUCUGGAAGAUCCCGCGCUUCACAGGCCAGAGCGAGUUUGUGUUGAGCGCAGAGGCGAGCUUGACCAGCAUGACUAACCAAAAAGCAUGGUCAAGACCACCACUCAAUCUGAGCUUUUCCCUGCUCAUGUUCACAAGUUCGGGGCUGCUUGUGCGGUAUCUGAAAGUAUUUGAGAAAGGGAAUUAUAGCAGUGUGAAGUGGGUACGAUACAUGACGAGAGCGGGUAAUUAUGAGAUAAGGUUUUGAUUCUCGUUGGUAAUAUACAUACGCCUCGCUAUAUUUGUUGGCAGCGUUGCAUUGCAGGCGUUGACGAAACGUAAUCGUACGACAUUCUGGAAAUUUAAUUGAUCCCUAUUCUCACUC